AUGGAAAGGGUUUUUCAUGAGGAAUUUCGCGAAAAUCUCCGACAAAGGCUUUUGCUUCAAUGGGGGAAUUAUAUUUCAGAGAAUGGAUGUGAGACGAAUAAAUCAGGUUUACGCUGGGAUCUCCGGAGUUUGUUGAUGAUCUUCUAUGACUGGGAAAAGGCUUGUGUUGAUGGGAGUUACUUUAUGGCGCCCACAGAAAUCGCUCAGCGAAUCACGAAGAAUGAGGUUUUCCCCGGUCGAUUCCCUCCACGCCUUCCCCGUCUGAAAUGGCAACUCGUUUACAGUAAACUCCACGACGGUCCCCUCACCGGUUGUCCGGGUCUUUUCUUCUCCACCACUUUAUUUCAAAAGGGUUUGGACAACAAGAGUCCGUUUCCAAUUGGCGGCAAAUCCAAUGCAGGAUAUCAUCGGGUUGCAAUACCAUUAAAGUUCUUGGAGAACUAUCAAAUGUGGUAUCAAAAGAAUCCCAGUCCUCGAUCGAAGGGAAACCGUCGGAAGAAUUGUUUUCAAUACCAAGUCUUGCUCAUUCUCGCCGAUGAGAAAGACGCUCAACACUUUCAAAAUUUACCUAAAUAUUACGAGCCCUUCAAUUUCCGAUUGCCAAAUCCAUUCUUGCAUCUGAGAAAUGGAAAAUGGUGGGCAAACAAUCAAAAUUCGAUUUGGAUUGGUGAAUGGGAGAUAAGAUAUAGAGUGAGUUUGGUGUUGUUGAAGGAUUUCGAGUGGAUUGAUGGAUGUGAAUGGAAAGGGGCUGUGAGAAAAUUGAAUAAUUGUACAGCGAUGAAUAUCGAUGAUAAUAUUUGGGCAAGAGAGGAGCUGGCGAUGUUGGUUUUGAGGCAAUGGGGAGGGUAUUUGAAGAGCGGUGGGAUGGGG